GUUUCUGCUGCCCGAGAGGAGGUGCCUGGCCGUCGAGGCUUUCCUGGCUACAUGUACACUGAUCUGGCCACCAUCUAUGAACGAGCCGGCCGUGUGGAGGGCAGAAAUGGCUCCAUCACCCAGAUCCCCAUUCUCACCAUGCCCAAUGAUGACAUCACUCAUCCCAUUCCUGAUCUGACUGGAUACAUCACAGAGGGCCAGGUCUACGUUGAUAGACAGCUGCACAACAGACAG